AUGUCUUUUAACGUAUUCUCUAUUCACAAUGAUGAUACUUUCUGCACAAGUUGUAACAUAAAUCUCACAACCAAUACUAACUUUAACCGUCAUCAAAGAAUCAUCCAUGGGCGUGCAAGUAACGCACAUGUUGAUUCUCCUACAAACGAUAACCAUAAUCCAGUAGAUGAAACCGCUGAAACCGCCGAUGCCAAUGAUUAUUUUGAUAGCUCGGAAGAGGAUGACGGUGCUAACCUUGCCUAUCCGUUUGAAUCUGAUGAUGAGUCUCUUUCUGACUCUAAUCCUUUUUAUCCUUUUAAAAAUGAAAUGGAAAUGAAGAUCUUGAUGUUCUUUAAGGGUUCACAAGACAGAACAUCCAUCCGAUUAAUAAAGAAGACCAUGCAUUUGCUGCGCGAAUUGAUUACGACAUCCCUUCAAGAAAGGGAUUUGAUUCAGCAAAGACCAGAAGGAUUUAAUCCUCUGCGCAACAUACCAAAGGAUGAUCGUAUUUGCAAAAGCCAUGACACCAGAAGAAAAUUCCCUCGUCUUGAAGUUGAUAAGGCUACUAUUCCAAAGGGAGAUGACCGGUCUGUGGAAUUAUUUUUCAUAAAGCCCUCGAAUCAUUUGCGAUUGGUUAUGGCUAAUCAGCAAAAAACUAAACUUUUUAAAUCGUUACCAGAUUUCACUCCAAACCAGCGUUAUCAUUUGAAUCAAGGACGGAAAUGGAAAGAUAAUAAACAUUUCCAGUUGCCAAUGGUAGCUAAAGAAUUCACAAAUGCUGAUACGGAUUUUUGGAUUGGUGAUGUAGUCAGUACCCGCCCAAAUCAACGACAACGCCAACAACAGCUAUAUAUUAUCGCUAAAUUUCUGACAGUGAACGAUGGCCUCUUUGUCAACGUUUUUCCCAUCGAUUUUACAGAUAAUUUCCAGUCAGCAGCUAUUGAUUCAACUGGAUCCAACAUUCCUGUAACAGAUAUACUUUUUUGUAUGACGGUUUUGCAGCUUCAUGAACAAUGCCAUCCUCGAUUAUGCUCCAAAAUAAUUGACAAUAGUGGUGAAGUGAGAUAUACAUCUUUCAAUCAACUGAUUCCACGCCAUUUUGUCAUGAUGACUGAAGGCCUCAAAUUUCGUGAGCGAGUACCAUAUGUCAGUUCGAAUCGACAAAUGACAGUUCGGGUAGUUCCUAUUUCUUUGUUUUCGGACCAUACUAGCGGCAAUAGAUCUAAAAAAUGGAACUGAUUUCACAGCUGGGUGAUGAACAUUGCUGCGUUCGAUCUUGAGGAGAGCAACAAGUACGAAAAUCAUUUCUUUCUGUGUACCAGUAAUCACAAAGUCACCGCAAUGGAAAUGGUUAAGCCUUUGACAGAAGAUUUACUCGAUCUGGAAAAAGG